AUACAGGAAGCUCUCCACGGAGGGCUGAAAUGAGCCGCUCUAACGAGCCAAGGCUGAGUACUAGUAUCCUGAGCCCUGGAGUAAAUGCUCGAAGAACCCCGACCUGCGCUGCCAACUCCUCUGCGUCGCCUCCCAUUCCUAAGCGCAGGGUGUGUAGAUUCCAGGAUUUGAGAGAAAGAGCAUUCCAAGCAGAGAGGGGACGGUUCCAUGGGAGGCGAGGAGGUAUGUUAGCUCCGAAGUAAAGAUUGCGCAGUUGAGGGCAGACGAGAGCGUCGAACAGCGCUUGGAGCGAGUCGGUUUCGGUAGGGAGGAUGAGAGUAAGGGUAUGCAACAAAGGAAGGUGUGUGGGCGCUGUCAACAAUGCAAGGCCUUCGGCCCUGAUGGACAGACGGCGCAAGCUAGAUAGCGAAGAAAUGUAGGACAGGUCGGUCAGACUGAUACGAGCGUCUGAACUCGUGCGCGAGAUAGUAAGGGUA